CUUUAGUUUGACAGGAAGGCUGGAUUUGGUUUAGAGGCUGGGUUUUGGGGCGAAGCAACAUUUAUAAGGAUGACACUCAGAAGAGAAUUCAUUCAUCUCCAACACACGGGAAAGCUCUUCACUUCUGCUGAAUACUCAAGCUUGUGGAAAUGGAGCCUUUGUCUGCAGCAAACACACAGUUCUCUCUAAACCUGUUCAAGAAGAUCAGUGAAGGAGACGCAUCAGGAAAUGUGUUCUACUCUCCGAUCAGCAUCUCCUCGGCUCUGGCCAUGGUGUCGCUCGGAGCAAAAGGAAACACAGCGGCGCAGAUGUUUAAGGUCCUGAGUUUUACCAAUCCUCCCAAACCUGACGCAGCGACUCCAGCAUCUCAUCAACAAGCUCAGAAGCCCCAGAUUGCCUGUGGUGUCAAGGGUCAACAUGGACCGUCAAUGACACAACAAACCCAGAAGUUUGAGGUACCUCCUGAACUUAAGAAAUGUCCUCCUCGGCCGGCACCUGGACAAAAGACUGAGGACCAAAUUCAUUCCAGCUUCAACAAGCUCAUGAGUGAUCUGAAGAAACCAGGAGCCCCGUAUGUGUUGAGUCUCGCCAACCGUCUCUACGGAGAGCAAUCCUACCAGUUUGUGGAGAAAUUCCUUAAUGAUGCAAAAAUAUACUAUGAAGCCGGACUGGAGAAGGUGGACUUCAGUAAGAAAUCUGCACGUGUCGACAUCAACAACUGGGUGGAGAAAAACACUCAAGGAAAGAUCAAGGACUUGCUCCCACAGGGAUCCAUCGAUGCGAUGACGAGACUGGUCUUGGUGAACGCCAUCUACUUCAAGGGGAACUGGGUGAAGAAAUUCCCGAAGGAAGCCACCAGUGAUGGACAGUUCAAGCUGAACAAGACUCAAACUAAACCAGUGAAGAUGAUGUAUCAGAAGUCAGAGUUUCCUCUGGCCUUGAUCCCAGAGAUGGACAGUCAGGUUCUGGAGCUGCCGUAUGUCGGGAAGAAUGUCAGUAUGUUGAUCAUCCUUCCUAACGAGAUUCAAGACAAAACCACUGGCCUUCAGAAGCUUGAAAAGGCACUGACCUACGAGAAGCUGAUGGAGUGGACGAGACCUGAAGUCAUGUAUAAAGGAGAAGUUGAAGUAUCGCUGCCCAGAUUCAAGAUGGAGAAAACCUACGACAUGAAGAAUCUUCUGAUCAGCAUGGGAAUGGAGGAUGUGUUUAAUGAGCAGAAGGUGAAUCUUUCAGGCAUGUCGCCAAGCAAUAAUCUGGUGCUGACGAAGGUGAUUCAUAAAGCCUUUGUUGAAGUAAACGAGGAAGGAACCGAAGCAGCUGGAGCAACUGGUGCCAUUUUCGCCACUCGUUCAUUUGCACAGAUGUUUAUUGCAGACCAUCCCUUCCUUUUCUUCAUCCGUCAUAAUCCAACCAAGAGCAUUCUGUUUUACGGACGCUUCUGCUCUCCGUGAGCGAAUCCUGCGCUGUAUAUGGGAAUCUUGCAGCUAGUUUAGUUGGUGAUCGGGUUAGAAUGAGUAGAGGAGACUCUCGACAGCUACUAAUUGUCAUCUUUUGGUAUAAGAAACAUUUAUAUAUGCAUACAGUAUCAGAACCUUACAUGAGCAAGACUUACAUUAAAUGAAUGGUAAUAAACUGUUUUCAGUUUUGUGUGGUACUGGAAUUGAAUUGCUUCAGUCUCAAGUGGGACCUGCAUUAUAAUUAUUUGAAAUGCAUGAAAUACUUUGUACUGAUCAUUUUAGAGCAGGGUUAUUAUCAUUAACUAAAACUAAAAGAAAACCAUUUUCCUUAUUGGAAAUAAAAUAAACAAGAACUGAAAUAAGUUAUAUUUAUAUAAA